AUGGCCGCCAUUCAUUUUGUAAGACAUAGGCGACCUCGACAGUUUCGACGUAUUGACAGACAAUUGACGGACUUGACGGAUGAAGAAUUACGCCAAAGGUACAGGUUUUCAGCUGACAACAUAGACAGACUUGUUGAACUUCUUGGACCGACUUUGGAGCGACGGACGCGACGUAACCAAGCCCUGACACCACGGCAACAGAUUUUGAUAACAUUGAGAUUUCUUGCUACAGGUAAUUUCAUGCAGGUUAUCGGCGACACCUUUGGCGUAGACAUUUCUACCGUCUCCCGGGUCGUGAGAGACGUUACCGACGUACUAUUUGGACUGAAAGACCAAUUUAUCAAGUUUCCUGUGACGGACCUCGACCGAAGACGGAUCAUGAGUGGAUUUUACGCCAUUCGUGGGUUCCCAUCUGUAAUUGGUUGUAUUGACGGGACCCAUGUUAAAAUAAUUUCGCCUGGUUAUCCAGAUGAGGCCGCAUUUGUUAACAGAAAACACCAACACAGUAUAAAUGUCCAGGCGACCUGCGAUCACAAAGGACCGACGAUAGGUAAAAAGGAUGAAAAGAAAUCGAGGUAA